AUGAAACUCACAUCCCUCCUCACAACCCUCACCCUCGCGCAGGGAAUCCUGGGCGCCCCCCGCUCAGGUCUCCGCGAACGCAUCGCCGCACGCUCCGCCCAACGAGCCCAAACCCGCCAAUCCCAACCAAUGCUCGAGCUAGCCCCAGACCGCGAACACCGCACAAGCGCCAACAUAGCCUACAGCGCGAACUGGGCGGGCGUAGUGCGCGAAUCCUCACCCACUCAGGGAAGUUCCUACACCUCUGUGUCCGCGACAUUCACCGUCCCCGAACCCGCACCGGCCUCAAACUCCCCUGGCGGAAUCCAAGCCGCGUCCGCAUGGGUCGGAAUCGACGGAGACACAUACACGACCGCGAUUCUGCAAGCGGGAGUCGAUUUCUACUACGAUAAUGGCCAAAUAUACAACGAUGCCUGGUACGAGUGGUUCCCUGACGUAGCGCAUGAUUUCGACUUUGCGGUCUCCACCGGGGACGUGGUCAGCGUGACUGUGGAAUCAUAUACCCCGACAGACGGAGUCGCGGUGAUCGUGAACGAAAGUACAGGGCAACGAGCGACGCAGCAGAUUAGUGCGCCUAGUGGAGAGAAAUUGGCCGGGGAGAAUGCGGACUGGAUCGUGGAGGACUUUCAAUCGGGGAGUGAGAUGGUGCCGUUGGUGGACUUUGGCACCGUCCAGUUUAUGGAUAUGCAGGCUGAGGCUGGGGGGAGGGUGUAUGGGACGGAUGGAGCUACUGUGAUUGAGAUGAAGCAGAAUGGGAAGGUCGUGACGAGUGUGCAGACGUUGGGGGAUGAUGUUAUGAGGAUGAUGUUCACCCCCCGCCUCCUCAUCCUCCUCGUCACCAUCCCCGUCCUCACCCUCCUCGAAGUCCAACACCUGCACCUCCUCACUUCCCCCUCCUCCAUUUCAUCAUGGAUUCCCGAAGUCCUGCGCCUGUCAUCGUGGCACCGUCCCCGCGUCCACAUCACCCAAGGCACCCUACUGGGGUCCACGAUCGCUGAGAAUCUGAAUGUCCCCGUGGAGGCGUUUCGAGGGAUUCCAUGUCCCGGAAAGCAAUUGAUUCCGUUAAAAGGCGACACCGGCAGUGAUGAGGAUUAUCUGACGAUGAAUGUGUUUCGGCCAAAGGGCGUCAACGGCAAAGACAAGGUCCCUGUGGCGGCUCAAUUCCGACAAUUCGUGUCCGCCUCGCACUGCGACAAUCUCCCGGACAACAAAAUCUUCCCCUGUCUUCGUAACAAACCCAUCGAUCUCAUCUCCAACGCCUCCUUCGCCGUCUUCGACUGCUACAACCCCUCCGUCCGGUGGGCCUUCCAACCCGUCAUUGACAACGAGCUCAUCAAGCGUCGGCCAAUCGACGCGUGGCACUCCGGCGUGUGGAAUAAAAUGCCCAUCUUGACUGGUUUCAACGCGAAUGAAGGAACAUACUACGUUCCCGUCAAUAUGUCCACAUUGCAGGAGUUCAGAAACUUCUUCCACACUUUGCUCCCCGCAUAUACAGAGAAAGAUCUGGAUACCAUUGACACGCUAUACCCGGAUCCGGCAACCACUCCAGCUUCCUCAUCCCCGGAGUACGGGAACGAGAACCCCGUCUUCUUGUAUCGCUGGGCACUAAAUAAGACUGUUCAGGGAGGCGCGAAUCAUGCGGACCAGUUACCCUACGAGGCGUUUGAUGUGGACGUUCGGGGGCUGUCGGAUGCGCAGGAGGAGGUUGCCGGACAGUUACAUGCGUAUGUUACGUCGUUUAUUGUCGCUGGGGAUCCGAAUUCCGUUCCUGGACGAUAUCCGGAUAGGCCAAGGUGGGAGAGGUAUGUGGGUGAGGAGGGAGAAUGGAGGGUUAUGGUGUUUGGGGAGGGGAAUGAUGAGAGAGCGGGGGGAACGGGGGUGGGUGCUGCGGCGAAGGUGGUGGAUGAUGCGUGGAGUCGGAGGGAGUGUGAGUUUUGGUGGACGAAGGCGGGGAUUUCGGAUUGA